AUGGCCAAAGGCCUCAUUAAGAACGGGGCCAACGUAGAAUUCCAGAAUGAAGGGCAGACUCCUCUCCACAUAGCUGCCUUGGAGGGAGAUGUGCUGCUGCUGAAACGAGAGCAAGGCCAGAGCAAGGCCAACCCUAAUGUCACUGACAAGGUCGGAGACGAACUGGCACUUUCCCAUUAUCUGACCUCUAAGUCCCCUCUGCACAUCGCUGCAGAGCGAGGGCACACCAACGUGGUGGAGGUCCUCACAGAGAAGUUCAAGUCCAACGUGCUGGCCAGAACUAAGACAGCAGUUAAUGUAGGCCCAGGAGACCCCGCAGCACAUCGCUGCCAGGGGGAAGGAGGGGGAAAGGUGGCUGAGAUGCUGCUGAAGAGCGGGGCUGAUGUCAACACAGAGCACAAGAUUGGGGAGACAGCGAUGCAUGUUGCGGCUCACCAUGGAGGACUGCAGAUGAUAAGAGCCCUGAUAGAGGAGGGAAGUGACCUCACCAGGAGAUAUAAGUAUUAUAAAUCUGUGGACUCUGUUGGUUGUUGGGGUCAAACCUUUCUCAGACGAUGGACAGAAGAAAGAGAGACAUGGGCCAAUCGUGCAGAGUUCAUCCUUUCUUCAGUAGGCUAUGCAGUCGGAAUUGGAAAUGUGUGGCGCUUUCCAUACGUCUGCUUCAGCGAUGGCGGAGGUGCAUUCCUCAUUCCCUAUCUCACCAUGAUGUGUCUGUGUGCCAUCCCGCUGGUGUUCAUGGAGUUUACAGUGGGGCAGUACACAAAAAGAGGACCUGUUGAGGCAUUCAUCAACAUCUGUCCUCUAAUGAAAGGUGUGGGUGUGGCUAUGGUGAUGCUGUCCUUCAUCGUGGCCUCCUACAACAACACAGUCCUGACCUGGGUUCUGUACUACCUCUUCCACUCCUUCACAGCCCCGUUGCCAUGGCAGCUCUGUAAUGCCACCUGGAACAUUCCAGAGAACUGUUCCAGCUUCAUGGAAAACACCACCACACACCUGCAGUCCGCCACUAAACAAUUCUUUGACCAUAGGCUCCUGGAAAUCACUGAGGGGAUUGAGACUGUGGGCCACCUGCGAUGGGAACUGGUUGGAAUUCUCCUGCUGAUCUGGGCCAUCCUAUUCUUCUGUGUCUUCAAGGGGAUCAGAUCCACUGGCAAAGUGGUGUACUUCACAGCACUGUUUCCAUAUGUGGUCCUUCUGGCUCUUCUGUUCAACAAUAUCCGACUACCAGGAGCCCUGGAUGGCAUCUUGUUCUUCCUGACACCCAAAUGGAACAAACUGGGAGAGAUACACGUAUGGAUUGAUGCUACUGCUCAGAUCUUCUACUCAAUAGGCAUUGGAUUUGGCUGCUUACUGUCUAUGGCCAGCCACAACAAGGUCAACAAUAACAUCCUCAGGGAUGCAAUGAUUGUCACUUUGGCGAACUCUGCCACCAGUAUUUUUGCUGGCUUCGUCAUGUUCUCUGGCAUCGGCUACAUGGCACAUGUGCGCCACCUCCAAGUGGAGCACCUGGCUGUUGAAGGACCUGGUUUGGCAUUUGUGGUUUACCCAGAGAUCUUCAGCACCAUGCCUGUCUCUCAGCUCUGGGCCUUCCUCUUCUUCCUCAUGCUGAUGUGUCUCGGCCUGGAUAGUCAGUUUGCCCUUGUGGAGGUCAUGGGGACUUUCGUUAUGGACAGCUUUGGCCCAAAGAUUCUCCUCAUGCUGAACUAUAAAGAGCUGGUGACCCUAUUACUCUGCUUCUUGACUUUCCUGCUUGGCCUUCCCUGCAUUACUCAGGGCGGGGUCUACAUCUUCCAGCUGUUAGACUAUUCUGUUGGCAUAACACUGAUGCUCACUUCUUUAUUUGAAGUCGUUGCUCUAAGCUGGAUAUUUGGAGUAUGGCGGCUCUCCAUCAUGGUGAAAAGGAUUCUGGGAAAGCCUCCAAACAUCUUCUUUAAGGCCUGCUGGUUGGUGGUCUCUCCGCUGUUGAUCGUGGCCAUAUUGGUCACUGCCAUGGUCCAGCACAAACCACUUCUUUACGAGAAGACAUAUCUCUACCCAGCAUGGGCUGAAGGUGUCGCAUGGAUCAUCAUCUUUCUGUCCGUUGGCUGGAUCCCUCUUGGAGCCAUGCAUGAGCUUCUUGGAAGGAAAGGCACUUGUUUAGCGAGGCUGAAGGCGUCGGUGACUCCCAGGAUCACCCUGGAGGAGGUCUGUAAUGUGCCUGUCAAUGAAGACCAACACCAGGACCAUGUUAAGUCUCUGUACAGCCUCUCUGAGGUCAGUCCUCUACGUGAAGAGAAAGACCGUGGGGACAUGUAGGCUCCUGUGUGACCCAUCUGCUAGAGCACGGGGUUAGCAAUGACAUGGUCAUGACUACGAUUCCAGCUGGGGCAUUCUGUCUAUAUGCUCACAAUGUCCAUUGAAUAUGCAUCUGAAAAGCAGAAACACUUAAUAAAGAAAUGUGACACUGUCAA